UCCGAAGGUCUACACCGAGGACUUUUAGCUUGAGCCUCGUACGACUUGCAUCUCGUACGAUAGUCUUACUUAGUCCGGCUUCCCUCUCAAUACCUACUAUUCAACCUCGCGCCAAAAGAAGUAUCACCAAUAUUGAUCUCUCUGCGCAUCUCAUAUUAGAUCUCGGAAGAACAAGAAAGACGUCUUUCUGAUAUUCACUAACACCUUAUCAUGGCCACUCUUCUCCGCGGCACCGCCUUCAUUACCGGCGCCGCUUCAGGCAUCGGAAAAUACACAUCCCUCGCCUUCGCCAGGCACGGCAUCAAGAACCUCGCCCUAUCCGACAUCAACACCACCGCCCUCUCUGCCUCCGUCGCCGAACUCCGCCAACAGUUUCCGACCGUCCAGGUCCUCGAGCUACCUAUAGACGUUCAGAAGGCCGACCAGGUCCGAGACGGCGUCGCCGAAACCGUCAAGCGCUUCGGCCGUCUCGACAUUGCCGUAAACAAUGCCGGAAUCGGCGGUAGCGGUCGUGCCACGCAUGAGAUUGACGAGGCUGAAUUCGCCCGCGUCGUCGACGUUGAUCUUCACGGUGUAUGGCGCUGUCAACAUGAAGAGCUCAAAGUCAUGAUUAACCAGGAAGACCUAGGUCCCCGCCAAGGUCGCGGUCGCAUCAUUAACGUCGCCUCCAUGUACGGCCUCGUCGCCCCUUGUCACUACCACUCCCAUACCGCCUACGCCACCGCUAAACAUGGCGUCCUCGGCCUCACGAGAGGAGAUGCCAACACGUACGGCCCCAAGAAUAUUCGCAUCAACGCCAUCUGCCCGGGCUACGUCGAGACGCCUCUGGUACUGAGCGCCAUGAGCCAAGCUCCCGACGCCCCUCUCGGCCGAGACAUUCAGCGGACUCCCUUCCAGCGGAUGGCGAAGAUGGAGGAAGUGGCCGACUGUAUCACCUUUAUGGCCUCGGAAAUGAGCAGCUUCAUGCAGGGUGCUGCUCUCGUCGCCGACGGAGGCUACACCAUUCAAUAGAGGGGGAGAGGGGGAGAGAGAGAGAUAUUAAUCGAUACCCAAUUCUGGCUACAUGAUGCAUAUUUACUACUCAUUGCCCCUUAAAAUGCAAACUCUGGGGUUGCCCCCCGACCCUUGAUUCUCAUCCAGAUGACCUCCCUCCCUGGUCAUGAUACAGAAUAGUCCA